UGGGUCACGUACGAGGUGCUGUCGGAGCGGGCGGAGGUGGGAGGAGCGGCCCGGGGAGGGCGGACCUCCAGUAUCCCGGCGAGCUGAGCGGGCGCGGGUUGGAUCCAGACUGCCUGUGAAGUUUGGGAGCUGCGGCAUUUGUUGAUCUCUGGUUUGGAAAUGUCCGAGUUAAUUCAAAGCGAUGUUUUCCUCGCCUACUCCACGUACGCCUGUAUCGUGCUAGUGAAGAUGAUGCUAAUGUCACCCCUGACCGCUUAUUUCAGGGUGACUCGUGGGGCCUUUGCCAACCCUGAAGAUGCGCGACAUCAUGGCGGCGAUGAAGAAGCCAGGAAAAAGCUGCUGAAGACUGAUCCGGAUGUGGAGCGUGUGAGAAGAUGUCACCGGAAUGACCUGGAGAAUAUUGUUCCAUUUAUUGGCAUCGGACUCCUGUACACGCUGACAGAGCCAGACCUGACCACUGCUCUACUGCACUUCAGAAUCUUUGUUGGUUCCAGGAUCUUCCACAGUAUUGCUUACGUGCUUCCUCUCCCCCAGCCCUCACGAGGUUUGAGCUGGAUGCUGGGUUUCGGAGUUACCUUUUCAAUGGCUUACAGAGUGCUGAAGGCAGGGUUGUACCUUUGAAUGAAAACAACAAUUGUUCACAAGGCAUUCUUUAGCUUUACUUUAUUUCCCACAUUCCAUUCUUCAGUUCUUAUCCUCAGUAAUAGUGCUUAAUAACCGCAGCGCAAGUACAAAACCCGGGUUUGAUUUGUUCGGAGGUUGUAAGGAAGACAAAACAAGUUGCAGGAUAGCUUCGCUUUUGUGGGUGUGAGCUGAGCAAAUGGCUGUUCCCUCGCCAACUGGAAAAACCUGUUUGGGAAGCUGUUUUUACACAUAAUUAUUCAGCAGUGUGUAUUGGCCAGCAUUCACAGUUGAUGUUAUAUCUGUUCUUCCACAACCUAUCACAGAUUAAUAAAUGCAUUUGGAAAUUGGACAGUUUCUUGUAAUGAACUGACCCAUAGAUAAUAAGCUGGCAAAACCCAAGUUAAAUAUAAAAGUGCAGCUGAACCAGCAGCAUUUAAUCAUGGUUCUAAUUGAACACACAAGGGAUUUAUUCACAUGUGUUAGGGUUGAGAUAUGUUCAUUUUAGGCUGGUGACGUGCUUGUUUGAAACUUUUUUGUUCCUUUUGCAAUCUGAGUACUUUGAAAGGUUUAUCAGCUUUUCAAACUAUUGCUCAAUAUUUUAGUUGGGUCAGGCACUGCUCAAAACCAUGGGUAUGUUGCUAGCACUGAGAGAGACCUUCAGGAAAUUAGGCUGGUCAUAAACCAGGUAAAGACCCAACGAAUGGAGAAUGGGAAUGGCACAUACAAGGAUGGGUGAAAUGCAGCUUGAUCUGAAACAAGAUUGGCAUUGCUUCAAUUUUGUUUUAUAGAUUUGAUGUGUUAGCUUUUUAUCUCAGCAAGCUGCGACUAUAUUAUUUCUUGGGAUUGUGUAAGUGUGAACAUUCUGGUUUAGUGAGUCCAAAAUGCACAUAUAAUGCCUAAAAAUGUAUGGAUUUCAGAUUCAAUUGGGUUAAACCUGCAGAGCAAUAAAAUUGGAGUUAGAUGGACCAUUAUGAUGCAAGUCUUCAGCUACUGUAGCAAGCUUUUUAAAUCACAGUUGCCGUGUUCUUAAGAUACAGACCUUAUUUCUGUUUUUGGACUGAAUCUUGGUGCAUCUCUAUAACUUAAACAUUUGCUCAGAAACUCUGUACUUGCAGCACCACAGCUAAGUGAUGGAAAAAGUGUUCAGACCAGAGCAGUAAGAAUGAUCAUUGCCGUAGUUGUCCUCAGAUAUAUUUUUUAAAAUCAUUCCAAACCUGCUGGAAGUACUAACAUUACAUUGUUUGACAGAGAGAUCUGGUAAAGUUGAAGUAUUCUGUAGAUAGCACAAGAUCACCAUCACAGCUUCUUGUGAUGAUGGGGUUUAGCCCAAAGUUGACACAGGCUCUUCAUACGCCUAAUCUCUGUUGUUCCAUUGUAGGUAAGUAAAAACUGUCUACGAUCCAGGUGCAAAUGUAUUGUCUUAAAGGUUCCUAAAGUUUGCGUUAUUACGUACCAUUUCCUAAAUUUACCAGCUACUGUCUAUCUCUAGCAACUUAUUUUUUUUUUAACACAGUUAUCGUUAAUGAAUUGUCGUCGCUUGGUGCUUCCUCUGACAUAAUCACCGCCCCAUGCUGAGUACGCAUAUUAACACAUCUAGUAUUUUGCUAUGUGUCAUUUAUGCUGAUAUAGUUAAAGAAUCUUGCUAAAAAUGCUUAUUUUUGUUAAAAAGAAGGAAAAUUGUUGUAAUUCUUUCCAGUCACCUUUUCAUUGUAUUUUCUGUCAAUAAAUACCUGAAGUAAA